AUGGUCCAGAUUAGUGAAGUGAAGGGCAACUCGCGCGAGAACAGGACCGCUGCGCAUACACACAUUCGCGGCUUAGGACUUCGUUCAGACGGAACCCCAGAACUGAAUGGCGAUGGAUUCAUUGGACAGGGAGCUGCCCGUGAGGCAUGCGGCGUCGUGGUGGACUUGAUCAAGGCAAAGAAGAUGGCUGGACGUGCUGUACUACUUGCUGGUGGCCCCGGAACUGGAAAGACUGCUUUGGCUCUUGCUGUGUCACAGGAGCUAGGAACCAAGGUUCCUUUCUGCCCCAUCGUUGGCAGUGAAAUCUACUCUGCAGAGGUUAAGAAGACCGAAGCAUUGAUGGAGAACUUCCGCAGAGCUAUUGGCCUCCGCGUUCGCGAAACAAAGGAAGUGUACGAAGGAGAAGUCACAGAGUUGACCCCCGAGGAGACCGAGAACCCGCUGGGUGGAUAUGGACGCACAAUCAGUCAUCUUAUCAUUGGGUUGAAGUCUGCCAAGGGCACCAAAAAGCUGCGCCUGGACCCCAGCAUUUACGAAGCUAUUCAAAAGGAGCGCGUCACAGUCGGAGACGUUAUCUACGUUGAAGCAAACACCGGAGCAUGCAAGCGAGUAGGACGAUCCGAUGCCUAUGCGACCGAAUUUGAUCUUGAGGCAGAGGAAUAUGUGCCUGUCCCAAAGGGCGAAGUGCACAAGAAGAAGGAGAUUGUUCAGGAUGUGACACUUCACGAUCUGGAUAUGGCCAACGCCCGGCCACAGGGUGGACAGGAUGUGAUGAGCAUGAUGGGCCAACUUAUGAAGCCCAAGAAGACUGAAAUCACGGACAAGCUGCGCCAGGAGAUCAACAAGGUUGUCAACCGCUACAUUGACCAGGGUGUCGCAGAGUUGGUCCCCGGUGUUCUCUUCAUUGAUGAGGUUCACAUGCUCGACAUUGAGUGCUUCACAUAUCUGAAUCGCGCCCUCGAAUCGAGCAUCUCCCCAAUUGUCAUCCUCGCCUCCAACCGUGGCCACACAGUCAUCCGUGGUACCGACGACAUCAGCGCCGCUCACGGUAUUCCCCCGGAUCUGCUCGCCCGCCUUCUUAUCGUCCCCACCCAACCCUAUGCCCCCGAAGAGAUCAAGGCCAUCAUUCGCCUGCGCGCCAAGAUCGAAGGUCUCACUAUCACAGACCCUGCUUUGAACAAGGUUGCCGAACACGGUAGCAAGGUCAGCUUGCGGUACGCCCUGCAGCUGUUGACCCCUGCCAGCAUCCUUGCGCGUGUCAAUGGUCGCCCCGCUGGAAUCGAGGAGGCCGAUGUUGCCGAGUGCGAGGAUCUUUUCCUGGAUGCCAAGAGAAGUGCUAUCAUCAUUGAUCAGGAUAGCACCAACUUCUUGUCAUAG